UCUUCUCUCACCUUCCGAUGCGCGGAUAUAUAUCCGUCUUCUUUGUAAGUGCAGCAGAUAUGUACGAAAACGGAUCAAACGGGGCCUACCGGCCUACCGGCUGAUCGGCCAAUGGCAGCGUAUUAUCUGCCACGUUUCAAGGUGGCAGAGUGGCUUGUCAUAAACUCAUGACACGUACGUGUCGUGCGGGAAAAUCUUCGGUCCGCUGUAAGCGAUCGUCGCGUACCGUCCCCUCGCCGUCGUCGGGAAGAUGCAAAUGCUACGGCAACUGGACGUGCACCCGAAGGUGCGCGAGGAGGCAGAUAUCCUCGUGAGGACUUUCAGCGGUGCUAUCGUUACAAUCAUUAGUACAAUCAUCAUGGGCAUACUGUUUUUGUCAGAGAUAAACUAUUAUCUUACACCAACUAUGAGCGAGGAAUUAUUUGUAGACACAUCCAGAGGUUCUAAAUUGAGAAUCAACUUGGAUAUAAUAGUCCCCGCUAUAUCUUGUGAUCUUUUAUCAUUAGACGCCAUGGAUACAACAGGCGAACAGCAUUUGCACAUAGAGCACAAUAUUUUUAAGAGACGGUUAGACCUGAAUGGUAACCCCAUAGAAGAUCCACAAAGGACAAAUAUUACAGAUGCAAAGGCCAUGAGUAAAACUACAGAGAAGGCAGUGGAGAUCGGUUCUACUACAGAGCUCUGUGGAGAUUGCUAUGGAGCAGCCACAGACACUAUGAAAUGUUGCAAUACCUGCGAGGAUGUAUGGGAGGCCUAUAGACGAAAAAAGUGGGCUCCGCCGGAUCCGGCUGACGUUAAACAGUGUCAGAAUGACAAAUCCAUGGAUAAACUCAAGCAUGCCUUCACGCAAGGUUGUCAGAUCUAUGGUUAUAUGGAAGUGAAUAGAGUUGGUGGUAGUUUUCACAUCGCGCCAGGCGCCAGCUUCUCGGUCAAUCAUGUUCACGUGCACGAUGUUCAGCCUUACACUUCAUCCCAUUUCAAUAUGACGCACAAGAUUAGACAUUUAAGUUUUGGGCUUAACAUCCCAGGGAAAACAAAUCCUAUGGAUGGCAUGACAGUGGUCGACAUGGAUGCCGCUAUGAUGUUUUAUCAUUACAUCAAGAUUGUCCCGACGACGUACGUUCGCGCGGAUGGCUCAACUCUUCUCACAAAUCAGUUUUCCGUAACGCGACACUCGAAAAAGGUAUCCCUGCUCACUGGCGAAUCUGGGAUGCCGGGUAUAUUCUUCAACUACGAGUUGAGCCCGCUCAUGGUAAAGUACACGGAGAAGGCGAACUCAUUCGGGCACUUCGCGACGAACACUUGCGCAAUCAUUGGCGGUGUGUUCACUGUGGCCGGUCUGAUCGAUUCGCUGCUCUAUCAUUCAGUACGUGCGAUACAAAGGAAGAUAGAGUUAGGGAAGUACAAUUAAACUUUGAGUCUGCAGGAGAAUGCAGCAGCAUCGAUUGUCCUAUUCAGAUCCUAAUUUUGUUCUUUUUUCAUCGAUAUAAUCGUGUUCAAAUAAUUUCGGAAUGUAUCGUCUCCAAAUAAGUGAGAUGAGUCGCUGAAAAUGAAUUGGAAUUAGUAAUAAUCGUUGAUGCAACACGGCCUUAGACGGAUAAUCAGAUUAACUAGAAUUAAUUAAAAAGAAGUAUUAUUAAAAAUACUCGAUUUUCUAUUAGAGAUCGAAUUUUCUGGACAAUGGCGCAUUUUCAUUGCACCAUUUUUAUUCAGUGUGACUAUUCUCAUCUCAUUUAUAUUAAAAGUGUCUCAAAUAUAUUGGACGAUACUUAGCGUUAUAAAUGCAAUUGAGAAUACUUUAUAAAGUAUCUUUUUCAUAUGAUGUAAAAAAGAAAUUAUACAUAACUUAUUAAUAUAAUGAUAAAUGCUUUACUUACUUUUUA